CGAGGGUCAGGGGUUGCAGGCUUGUGGCUGUAACCCCUGUAAGGAGUGUCUGGAGAAGAGCCAGUAGCAUGCUUUAAGGGCCUGGCGCUGCCACUUCCCUGAGCAGGCGAGUCCCAACAGCAGACAGACAGGUGGGGCUGACCUGACAGGUUCCCAAGGCCAGGGGCAAUGGGGCGGAGCCUGGUUCAGACUUAGGGUGGCAACACUUUGGGGGCCCUGCCAUACACACCGGGCUGGCAAGCUGGAGGUAGUAUCUUCUUCCUACAGUCGCCAACCCAGGUGCAAGCCAUGGAGCUUCAGGUGGGUAGGGCACUAGGUGGAUGCACACAUCCAGCAGCUUAGCGUCUGGAGGGACCCAGGGCAUGGCAGGACCCCUGCGGAGCCGAGUGGAGGAGCUAAAGCGGCCUUGGUGGAGGGAGAGCUCCCCCCUGGUGCUCCAGCACAGCGAGGCUGCAAGGCUUGCUACGGACGCCCUCCUGGAGAGGGGCGAGGCUGCCUACCUUCAGGUCAUCUCUGAAGAGCGGGAAUUGCCCUUCCUGAGUGCCCUGGAUGUGGACUACAUGGUCGGCCAUGUGCGUGGGGUUCCCGAGCUCAACGAGGCCCAGGGACCAGAGACCGUAGGGCAUGACCGCCUCAGCAUGCUCUCUGAAGUUACCUCAGGCACCUACUUCCCCAUGGCUUCUGACUUAGAUCCCCCAGACCUGGACCUGGGCUGGCCUGAAGUGCCACAGGCCACAGGUUUCAGCCCCACCCAGGCGGUGGUUCAUUUCCAGAGGGACAAGGGCAAGAGCAUCAAGGACCUGCUGCGAUUCCUCUUCAGCCAGGCCCACACGGUGGUGGCUGUGGUGAUGGACGUAUUCACUGACAUGGAGCUUCUGUGUGACCUCAUGGAGGCCUCCAGCCGCCGUGGUGUCCCUGUCUACCUCCUCCUGGCUCAGGAGCACCUGAAGUACUUCCUGGAGAUGUGUUAUAAGAUGGACCUCAAUGGGGGGCAUCUGGUGAAUAUGCGUGUGCGGAGCACAUGCGGAGACACGUACUGCAGCAAGGCGGGUAGACGAUUCACCGGGCAGGCCCUGGAGAAGUUUGUCAUCAUUGACUGUGAGCAGGUGGUGGCAGGCAGUUACAGCUUCACCUGGCUUUGCAGCCAGGCUCACACCAGCAUGGUGCUGCAGCUGAGGGGCCACAUUGUGGAAGACUUUGACCGGGAGUUCCGAUGUCUGUAUGCCGAGUCACAGCCUGUGGAAGGCUUCUGUGGCAAUGAGGACCCACUGUCUUCCCGGGUACCUCGUCCUCCUCCUGUGACCCUGGCCUUUGGACCUGGAAUUCCAAGUGCUACGGGCUCUUCACCCUCCAGUAACAGCCUCGGCAGUAUCAAGCAUUCACCUUUUCUGGGCCGUUCCUCCUAUCUCGCUCUGCCAGGGGGUGGUGGCUGCAGUGACAUGGUGAUGGGGUCCUUGUCCCCAGGUCCUGCCCACCAUGAAGCUGGUAGCCCACCAUCCCUGUACCGUCAGCUUUCAGAUCCUAACCAUAGCUCAACUCCUGGACCCUACAGGGCCAACCUGAGCAAGCUGGGGGCAUCUCCAUGGUCCCAGUCCUCUCCUGCCCUUAACCACUGUAGUGCCAGUCCCUUGACCCUGGCAGUGGGGUCACCUCUGCUCCCAUGUUCCCGCCCCCUUCUCCACUUCACUAGGGGAGUCCCAGCAUUGUCCCGGCUUCCAGAGAAUGGGCUCCCAGCAAGUCAAGAGCCCAUCCUUCCACGAGGUCGCUGGGUACCUGGCACAGCUCUGGAGACAGUGGAUGAGAAGAAGGUAUCUCUGAGCCAGAGUCAUGAUCACCUGGAUCGAAUUGUCCCCUUCCCUAAAGCAGGAGAAGCAGGAGGUUCCAAUUCCAGAGUUACCCCCAAUUCAGGUUCCCUUCAGCAUGGUGAGCAGGCCCUAGAUGAUAGGAGAUUGUCCCUGAGCCACAGCUACAGCCAGCUGGAUCUCCUGUCCCAGGGUCAGGGUGUCCUUGAGUCAGGCUCCCUAAGACCUGGUGAUCUGGGUCUAGAGGACAGGAAGCUGCCCUUAAACCACAGCCAUGGCCAAUUGGAUCUCCUGCCACAAAACCCCAAGGCCCAGCCCUCUAAAAUACUGCCUGAUGCCAAUUCUUCAGCCAGGCCUGACAAGCCAAGUCUAGAUGAACGACGGCAGACUCUAGGCCACAGUCAGCUGGACCUCAUCACCAAAUUUGGCCCAUUCCGGAGUGAGGGGCCUGGACCCAAUGGUCUCCCAGAACCAAACCCAGUUCGCAUGGCCGGAGUAGGGUCUGCAGAUGAGAAGCGGCUGACUCUGGGCCACAGCAAACUGGACCUCAUCACCAAGUAUCAUCAACUACAGGGUGCCAGGCAGAGACCUGAGCCAGGCCUCCCGGGAGCUCCCAUAAGUGGCCAUCAAAAUAGUAAUAGCAAUGACCUAUUUGCACCUGAGAAACGGCUGACCUUGGGCCACAGCAAACUGGACCUCAUCACUAAGUACAACAAGUCCAAAUUCAAGCAGCUCCGAAGUCGUUUUGAGUCCUAACUCUGCUCCUAGCAGGGGCAGAGCCUUCCUCCAUCCACAGAUAGGUGACAUAUUCAGGUUCAAGACUGUAGUAUGAGAGUAUAAAGCUGGGCUGCAUAAGGAAGGGAGGCAUCUAGUGGCUCAGAUCAGAUACUCUCUGGGCUCAAGACUUAUACAUACACACACGCACAGGCAUACAUACAAACAGAACCCAGAGUUACUGAGUGUUUUCUGUAUGUCACUGGGGCUGGGCACUGCACACCGGUUAUUCUCAUUCUCUGUAUCCUCUAGAUGGAUCUCUUGUUGGCAUGUAGCUAUAUUAAGUUUCCACCCCUGGUUUGUUUUGUUUUUGAAACCAGAACAUUUAUUUUAUGGCUGAUUGAAAUCUCAAGAAUAACUGGAUGCUGCAACAGCUGCCCUCUUGGGUUUCCAUGUUGUUGGGUUUGUUUUUCUUUUCUUUUCUUUUUUUUUUUUCCAGAACCCAUGUCUGAAUCUGAAAUAGACAAUUUUUAGGUGCCUCAUCCACCUAGUCCCAGGAGUGUUUCAUCUUUUUUCCUUGGCACUCUGGUUACUUUCUCUUGCAUUUGGCAAUGAAGCCACAGUCAUCACAGGUCGACCUCUGAAGGUGGUAGGCCUAAGAGCCACAGUGAUGGCACAGUGUGUGCAUCUUAUUAUCAUGCCUUCCAAAGGAUGACGUUUCUUUCCUCAUGUUCUGUCUGCCACAGAGGCCAAAGAGUCUGGAGGAUAUUCUUCCCAUUCUAUAAGUACGGGAGCUGAAGUCCAGAGUUUGCAUGGUUAAUUUGGAAGCAGAUCUGAGUAAAUGACAGGGUAGGGAACUCUGCCAGCUCAGUGGCCCCUGGCUUUAAGCAUGUGUUUUGUUUGCAAAGACCCAAAACACAGUAUCUGCAGUUCCUGCAGUCACUAUGUACAUACCAUACAGACACUACAAGGAUGCCCCAGUGCCCAUACAGUAGACACAGAACAGUGACUAGGUACACCCAUAGAUGCAUACAGUGAGUACACAUAGCUCUAUGUGAUUAACUCAAACAGAACUUUAGUUGUAGGUACUUAGUCUUGUCUGCCUAAAUGAAUGGCCACAGAAAAUACGUGCAUUUAGUACACACUGCAGAACCCCCUCGAGAUUCACAAGCUGUAAGUACACAUAUUAACUCCAUCCCAACUCUGCUUAUAAAGCCCUGCCCUGAACAUGCCACGGAGCUGCAAGACUGCUUAGAUGCAUAAACCGAGGAAAACAAGGCAGAGCUGUAUCAAAUGGAAAGUGUACUAGGGACGGAGGGUCACGGAGAUGGUGGCGUGACCAGGAAAGUCUAUCAGAGAGAAGCGGACUUACAAGCAGGUCCUGGAGGAUGGGGUUGUCGACAGAGGCAGACGGGGAAGAGAGUUAGAAUUGUUGGUAGAGUUAGAUGGAAACGAGCGAGUCUGGGGUGAAACGGGGAAGAUGAGCAGAACAUGUGGAUGGACACGUAGACGCACAUACACAAGCCACUUGCUGAGUGUCUCUUGAAGCGCAGGCUGCAGCUGGUCAGGGGCCUUUCUCUUGAACUCACCGCUUGCCCGAGACAGGGCAUGGUACAAAUCAAUAAAGGCAGAUAUGGUUAGAGCAAGUA